AUGCAGGCCCUCGAUGUUCUCUGUCCCGAGCUCUAUGACUACAUUAUCGAUUUUUUGCACGACGACGACGCCGCUCUCCGCGCCUGUGCUCUCGUUUGCCGUGCCUGGCUUCCUUCCAGCCGCUGCCAUCUGUUCUAUCGCUUGAAGCUUAGCGGGAGCGGUCCGUCUCCAAUCAGCAGUAGUUGGGCAAAUAAUACCGCUUGCCGUCGCAUAUAUGGCACUCUUCUCUCGUCUCCACAUCUCGCUGCCUAUGUCAACGAGCUCUCCAUCCAGGAGCACAAUGUCCUUCGCCCGUCAACCUACAGAUGGGUCAGUGAAGAGAUAACGUUCCCCUCCCUGCUCAAGAAACUCGUGAAUAUCCGAGCACUCGAGUUUAAUUUCCCUCCGCCUAACUCGGGCGCAAUCAAAACCGCUUGGUCUACCAUGACAUUCAGGGAGAUAAGCGAGGCAAUGUCCUCCAUGUCAUUAGAAACUCUGGCCCUUCGCCAGUUCUCGUUCAGCUCUCUUCCCGAUUUCGUCAAAAUUCUCGACUCUUGCCGACAGAUCAAGACCCUGCAGCUCGACCAUGUCGACAUCGCCACCGCGACACACCUUUCUCCAUCAGCCUUAGAUCAUGUCCUCAACCUCAACUUGCCAGAUUCCAUCUCCCAUACAGCCGAAACUAAUACUGUCCUCGAGACUUUGAUUUUGCGGUCAAACAGCUUAGCGCUAAUCAUUCCGGUUCUUCUGCGCACCAAUUCUUUCCUAAAUUUGUCAAGUCUACAACACCUUAUAAUGAACGUCACUCCUGACAGCUAUACUAAUAUCCUGGAGCUCCUCGAAAUUAUACCAAACCUGCAGCAUCUAGAAUUAGAUAUUGAUCACGAUUUCGACUAUGACGCACAUCUCGCACAUAAGGAUACCCUUAGCCUGACGUAUCUUCCGGCUCUCAAGUAUCUCUCAUUGCAUACCCACAUCCUGCUCGGCCGCAUGGAGCCGGUUUCCUGGCUGCUCGCCAUGUUUUCUACAGCCGGACCGGCUCCAAGUCAACUCGUAGAUUUUGCGCUCACAUGCACAGUCGAUAAACCACCGCCGUCUCUGACAGUACAGGCAUUCGACAGCGUAUUAGCAGGUUGGCAUAAUCUCGACAAUUUGCUUACCCAACCGACGUUCGAUGCUAUGAAGCGCUUCCGACUAGAUUUUGCGCUCGACGGACCUAUUGGUGACGAGUCGGUAAAAUCCGUGUCCCUAGAAUUUAUAAAACAGCUGCGUAAUUUGCGAACGAAGGGUCUUUUGGAAGUUGAUAUUUGCGAAGUAUAG